AUGCUCACUAAAAAUAAAAGGUCAAGAAAAAUCAUGAAAAAUUAAAAAAAAUGGAAAUUUGUUCCAAUUACUUAUGAUUUAUCAUAAAUCAAAGGGAAGAGAUCAAAAAAACCAUAUAAAUUCUUGGUUUGCAAUCUUUGGUCAUUAUUCACUCAUCAUAGCAUUUCAGAAUUAUUAAAUGAUAAACCUUUAGAUAUUGUUGUUUCUACUUCUAAUUCAUUUACAGGCAACACUAUAUUCUAAGAGACCAUGACAUAUAAAGAAUUUUCAAAUUAUACAGGACCUCUAACAUUGUAUUUGGCAUAAAUCUAAUUAGAUUUACCUUGCCCUAAAAUAUUGAAUGACUCAGGAAAUGUAUUUUUAUGGUGUUCAAAAGGAUUUACAGAUAGUGGCUGGCAUUAUGAUAGUUAUGAAAAUUAUUUGGGUGUUGUAGAAGGUACUAAAAUUGUUUACUUGAGAAAUAAUUGUUAAGAUUGGUCUUAAUUCGAAUCAGUCUGUUCUGAACAAUAUAAUCACUUGAAAAAAGGAUAAAAAAUGGUCUCUAAAUUUGUUAUACUCUAAAAAAAUGAAAUGCUUUACAUUCCCUAAGGAAUGUUGCAUCGGUAAUUUAUUAAAAUAAUUUUUUAGGGUAAUUUCUUAUGAUUAAACUAUAGGUGUUAAUGUUUGGAUGGAAAGCAUUGCCUAAUCAUAACUUAAAGUCAAUCAUUACUAAUUGAGAUAUAUAUUAAAUGAGAUUAUUAGCAAAGAUAUAAAAGAAUUUUUGAUUUAAUAGGCUAGAUCUAGACUCAAAAAAAUUAAAAUUGAUUUAUACAGGAAUGAUAUUUUGAAUUCCUUUUCUAACUUUUCCAAUCUACAUUCAUCUCAUAGAAAUUUAAUAUAGAAACCACUUAAUCAAUUGAUUGGAAUUUAUAUUUGCAUUUUGACAGGAAUGUCUCAUAAAUAUAUGAUAUAAUUUAUGCUAAUAAUAGAAGAGAUUGAUUCAAUUUCUAUUUUCAAGAAUCUACCUUAUACUUAUUAAGCCAUAAUUGCAUUAAAAUUGGACGAAUUUUCAGAAUCAAUAGAAAAAAUUGAUUUCAGGGAAAAAUUUUAUGCAUUACUCUAGUUUCAUGAAGAUCUCGUUGAAAGUUUAUAAGCAAGUAAGAAUAAAUUAAAACGUUACAUUGCAUAAAGAAUAAUUUUCAAUCAUUUUAGAAUUUGA